GCUCUGGGCUCUCACAGGUGGGGGAAGCGGGGAGACCCCUCCCUCGUUCCAGAAGCGUCCUCUCCCCUCGCCCAUCUUCUCGGCGCUCUGGCGGGAGGGCGACGGCGUGGGCGGCGACGGCGCGGAGCGAGUGACUGAGGAGGGCGGGAGGCGGCGUCCGGGCUGGGGGCGGAUUUUUUGAGCCGCGUCGGGCGGGCACCUCAGAGCGACGGCGGCGGCGGGUGCAGCCAGGAGGGUCACUCUGGCGCUGUGCCUGAGGUGUCGCUUGGUCGGCCGGGGAGGCAGCGUCCCCUCGGCUCUGCCGCCACCUCCAUGGACGAGCACUUGAGCCUGCUGCGCUCGCCGGCCGCCCUGUCCUCCGGCAGACACCCGAGGGGCGGCAGCAGCGGCGGCGGCGCUGGCGUCGUCGUCGCGGGCGUCGUCGCCGUGGGCAGCAGCCACCACAACUUGGGCUACAGCGAGCAGUUUUUCCCCGAAGGUUCGCUCUCGGGGCCCGGGGAAGGGCAGGAAGACGACGAGGAGGGCGUCCAGGAGGACGUGGGUGACGGGGAGCUGGAGGGGGGCAUGACCGUGGUGGGGGGAGAGGACCCUCUGCUCGAGGAGACCCAGCACCCCCAUGCCCUGCUGGGAGGGGAGCGCUACGACCACCCCUCGAUGGCCCACACCCUGCCUCCCCCCGGCCAUCACCAGGUGGGCAGUGCGGGGGAUGCCGGGGAGCAUGAGUGUUGCGAGCGGGUGGUGAUCAACAUCUCCGGGCUGCGCUUCGAGACCCAGCUCAAGACGCUCGCCCAGUUCCCCGAGACCCUGCUGGGGGACCCCCGCAAGAGGAUGCGCUACUUCGACCCCCUUCGCAAUGAGUAUUUCUUUGACCGCAACCGACCCAGCUUCGAUGCCAUCCUAUACUACUACCAGUCUGGAGGCCGUAUCCGGCGCCCUGUCAACGUCCCCAUUGACAUCUUCUCGGAAGAAAUCCGCUUCUAUCAGUUGGGCGAGGAGGCCAUGGAGAAAUUCCGAGAAGAUGAAGGUUUCAUCCGUGAAGAGCAGAGACCUCUGCCCGAGAAGGAGUUCCAGCGCCAGGUGUGGCUCCUCUUUGAGUACCCGGAGAGCUCUGGACCAGCUCGGGGCAUUGCGAUUGUCUCAGUCUUAGUUAUCCUCAUCUCCAUUGUCAUUUUCUGCCUGGAAACCUUGCCUGAGUUCAGAGAUGACCGUGACUAUGACAGCACCACAGGGACAUUUGGGACCAGUGGUGGACCUUUCGUGGCAGAUAUCUUCCCAAAUUCCUCUUCUCCAGCAACCUCCAUGGUGUCCUCUUUCACUGAUCCUUUUUUUGUGGUGGAGACUCUGUGCAUUAUCUGGUUCUCCUUUGAGCUGCUUGUCCGUUUCUUUGCUUGUCCCAGCAAACCCACCUUCUCCAAGAACAUUAUGAACAUAAUUGACAUUGUGGCUAUUAUUCCUUAUUUCAUCACCUUGGGCACUGAGCUGGCCGAGAGGCAGGGCAAUGGUCAACAAGCAAUGUCUCUGGCCAUUCUCAGGGUCAUCCGGUUAGUCAGAGUCUUCCGUAUAUUCAAGCUCUCUCGGCACUCCAAGGGGUUGCAGAUCUUGGGGCAGACCCUCAAGGCCAGCAUGAGGGAGCUUGGCUUGCUCAUUUUCUUCCUCUUCAUUGGAGUUAUCCUCUUUUCCAGUGCUGUCUACUUUGCAGAGGCUGAUGAUCCCUCGUCCAGCUUCAGCAGUAUCCCUGAUGCCUUUUGGUGGGCUGUAGUGACCAUGACUACAGUGGGCUAUGGCGACAUGCAUCCAGUCACUAUUGGAGGCAAAAUAGUAGGGUCUCUCUGUGCCAUAGCUGGGGUGCUGACCAUUGCCUUGCCUGUGCCCGUGAUAGUCUCCAACUUUAACUACUUUUAUCACCGAGAAACAGAAGGUGAAGAACAAGCCCAGUAUAUGCAUGUAGGAAGCUGCCAGCAUCUCUCCUCCACUGAGGAGCUGAGGAAAGCUCGGAGCAAUUCCACUCUCAGCAAGUCAGAGUACAUGGUGAUAGAAGAGGGAGGCAUCAGCAACAGUGCAUUCAAACAGGCUGCCUUCAAAACAGGCAACUGUAUAGCCACAAACAAUCCAAACUGUGUGAAUAUUAAAAAGAUCUUUACGGAUGUUUAGAAGACACCUCUCAAGGAGAUAUAAAAAUAUUACAGAAGGUCUCCGUAAUCAGUAUUGUGAGGAACAUGCACCAUCGUCAUUCUUUGUGCUCUUGUUUAAUACAUGUAUUUUUCUGAUCCUUCUUUCUGAAGAUGGGCAUUUUUAGAAGAACUACAGAAUUACUUCCUUGAAUUCAAAAUUCUACCUGCACAGUAUAGUGGAAAAUACUUCUUCCUACAUCACAAGGUUGAGCAAUUGUCUAACUGGAUCAUAUCCUGAGUGUUUGGCUUUCUGCAUAUCAUGAAGUUUUAGGCUUCUGGUAAGUCACUGAUUGGCUUUUCACAGUGACUGUAGCCUCAGUUGAAACCCAUCCAAACCUUAGAAACAAAGGGGGCAUUUCCAUCCAUUGCCAAUGCAUUUAAGAUAAGCGGUUGCAUCUAUCACAAGACGAUUAAAGUGGCAAACAUGGCUUGCAGCGGAAGUUACUAAUUUGGACCUGAGUGAUGCAGUUUCCAUAGCAACUUUGGUUUCCUGGGAAACUCCCAAAGGUUGUCAUGGCAUCCAUUCCCUCCCUCCCCCAGUCCUUUGCUGUUUCCAUAGUAACCCUUCCAGAUGGUUCGAACUUCUGUGGUUCCGCAGAAAAGCCGCUGCUCUGAUCACACACACACACACACCAUUAAUCCCCGAGAGAUUUAGGUGUGGAAACUAGGCACUAUUCUAUAUGCACCAUUUUUAGAUGUGCAGAAUUCUCAAAGUUCUGGAACCUAUAGAAGAAGGGAAAAAGAUGAUAUGGAGUAGUUUUUGUUGUUCUGCACAUUCCAAAAGAAUAAUAACAUCUGUUCCAUAUAAAAGCAAGCUUGAAACCCUCCCUUACAAUUUGGUGCCUGAUAAUUGAAAAUGGAAAUUAAGUCAAUAUAUGCUACCUACAAAGCUGCAUAGAAGGAUUAUAAAGAUGACACCAUCUCUGCUUUUUUUGAUGAAAUGAUACAUUAAAUCAUGGCGUAUGACCUAGUUUUAUGCAAAACACCCUUCCUGACACAAAUGGCAGCUCCACUUUCAAAGCACGUAUGGCACCGAAGAACAAGACCAAAAGCAUGAAAAUCUGGGGAAAUAGAUGCAGAUGAACCCAAAAGUGUUGGGCUGAGAAAUAUUCAAAUCCUCUGGGGAAUGUAUACUUGUAUACACACAACUGGGGCUGUGGAAUAUCAGACAGACACAGAAUUCCUCUGCCUUGGGACUCCAGAUGCAAACUUCAACUCUAAGCCUGCAACGAGAGCUGCAGGGAAAAAGCACCCCACAAGAGUACAGCCAGAGCAUAUGGAGCAAAAGAAGCUGCAACUGCAGACAAACAUUCCAGUCCCUACAAUGGACAGUUUUCAAGCAUACAGAAAUCCUGCAAGAACGCAAAGACAACAGCCUUGAUUCUUCUGUGUUGCUGUCAGAACUUAUACCUGCCAUUGAUACGGUUUAAUAAAAGCUGGGAUGUUGUGAAGCUGUGUUUCAGCUUUGUCUGUUUUCUCAUGAUGGUUGGCAGAUAACAGAAGAUGUCUCAGUAAGUGCUACAGAAUACCACCAACCUCUUAAAUAAUUACUAAAAAGAACCACAGACACCAGGAAGGAGUCACUGAUUAUAUUAUAGCAUCGUGCACCGAACUGAAGGAUGGUCUGCCCUCUUGUGUCUCAGUAUUUUAACUUGUACUGUAGUUGUAUAACAAGUUCUAUCUCUCUGUGUUUUCUGACAAGUGCAUUAUGUAGAAAUGAACAUCUUUCAUGUUGUAAGAUAAAACCAAACACAAUAUUAAAAGAAAGAUCAAAGCUGGGGGAAAGGGGCACAAUUAUGUGGAUGUUAUUUCUGCCUUUAUAAAAUCUCAUGCAAGCUUCAGUGACUAAGAACAAAACUUCAAAUGAGCUGCUAAUAAACAUUCCAAAUGUG